GCCGAUUUCGAAUUCCGAAGCUUUUUAGAAUGGAGAAACGUUCAGAUACAGAGCCUGCAGAGAGUUCAGAGAUUUUGGGCGAUUGGGAUUUGUCUCCUCCUCCGGUGAAUCCGGAAGAAAGAAUUGUAAUGGUUUCUGUUCCCACUUCACCAGAAUCUGAAGAUGUGAGAUCCAAUCAACCGAAAGAGAUUGAAACUAGGGUUUCAGACAAAGAAAUAGCUUCGACAUCAAACGUCGACGGAGAAGCAGCGGCGAGGAGAGUGUUGCCGCCGUGGAUGGAUCCGUCGUAUGAAUGGGGUGGUGGGAAAUGGAAAGAAGACGGAAGAAAGAAGAAGAAGAAAGAUAAAGAGAAAGAAGAGAUUAUUCCUUUUAAGGAAAUCAUUGAAGCUCUGCUUCGGAACUCCGGUGACAAGGUUGAAGAAGACAAGGUUAAUAAAAGUCAUAGCUCUGUUGAGAUUUUGAAAUCAAUGGGCUUUAAGUUUCCUUUGUAAACUUUUAGGGCUUUUUUUAAUUUUAUAAAGUAACAUUUAUGAA